AUGGCUGCCCAUCGGAUUCGAGUGACAAACAACAACCAUGUGCUCCCUCGGUGUAAAUCUGAGGGUACGCUCAUUGACCUUAGUGAGGGUGUGUCUGAGACCAGUUUCACAGAUGUCAAAGUGCCUUCUCCAAGUGCCUUGAGGUUGGACAUGUCAGGCUCAAUCGGGACUGCACGGGAAGUAGUUGCCAUUAAGGAUUAUUGUCCAUCAAGCUUUACCACGCUGAAGUUCUCUAAAGGUGACCACCUUUAUGUGCUAGACACAUCAGGUGGAGAAUGGUGGUAUGCUCACAACAACACAGAAAUGGGCUACAUUCCUGCCGCCUAUGUCCAACCCAUCAACUACAGGAACUCUUCACUCAGUGACAGUGGGAUGAUUGACAAUCUUGGGGACUGCUCUGAUGAGGGGGCAAAGGAACUGGACCUUCUUGGAGAGUGGACAGGGGUGACAUUUAAACCUUCUUUGCCUUACAACAAUAACCCAUUUUCCAUCCAUGCCUCAACCAAUCCAUUCCUCAACAGUGCAGUUCAGGGCAUUCUUGACCAGAACAGCAAUGAGAGGGUCAACCAGUGUAAUACUGUGGACUUAAUGCUCUUUGACUCUCUUGCUCCCUCCACCCAUAUCUCUAACACCAGCAACACCUCCAAUGGAUACAGCAUUCCCAUCAACCCCAACCUGGAGGCCUUGCAGAUGCUCCGCAGGGACAAUCCAUUUUUUCGGAGCAAGCGAUCUUACAGCUUGUCGGAGUUAUCCAUACUCCAAGGACAGCCUAAUGUUCCUCUACCUACAUCAGGUUUCUUCACAAGCCUAAAAGCCCCCUCACCUGAGCAGUUUCAGAGCAGAGAAGACUUCAGGACUGCUUGGCUUAACCAUCGAAAGCUGGCUCGGUCUUGCCAUGAUCUUGAUUCCCUUGGGCAGAGCCCGGGCUGGGGCCAAACACAACCAGUGGAGACUAACAUUGUCUGCAAGCUGGACAGUUGUGGAGGGGCUGUUCAACUACCAGAUACCAAUAUCAGUAUUCAUGUACCUGAGGGACAUGUGGCCCCUGGCGACACUCAGCAGAUCUCCAUGAAGGCUUUGCUGGAUCCUCCAUUGGAACUUAACAAUGACAGAUGCUCCACAGUAAGUCCAGUAGUGGAGAUUAAACUGAGCAACAUGGAGCUCAAGUCAUUCAUCACCUUGGAGAUGAAAGUCUCCGUAGAGGUGAAGACAGAGAGCAGUCAGAUAGCAGAGGUAGUGUGCGUCAGGAGUGACUCUAAGGAAGGCCCGUAUAUUCCCAUCCCCCAGGCUUAUGUAUACGGUGACACUGUGCAGGUUCAGCUGGACAACUUAGAACCAUGCAUGUAUGUAGCUGUGGUGGUCCAGACCCAACAUGCCUCCUUCAGUUCAACAGUAUGGGACCACAUGGUAAAGAAAGUGACCUUGGGUCUUUAUGGACCUAAGCACAUCCAUCCUUCCUUCAAGACUGUGGUAGCCAUGUUUGGGCAUGACUGUGCCCCGAAGACUCUUCUGGUAAGUGAGGUUGGAAAGCAAGCUCUGUCUGCUCCUCCAGUCGCUCUACAGUUAUGGGGCAAACACCAGUUUGUGUUGGGCCGACCUCAGGACCUUCAGAUAGGCAUGUACUCCAACAUGUCCAAUUAUGAGGUGAAGGCCAACGAGCAAGCUGGGAUUGUCCGAGGUUUCCAGGUCAAACUGGGAAAGGUGAGCCGGCUUAUUUACAUGAUCACAUCUCGAAACACAGACGACAUCUCUGACUUCACACUACGUGUGCAGGUGAAGGAUUUUCAAGACUGUAUCCUGGCACAGUUCUGUGUUCAGACACCUCAGCCUCCUCCAAAAACCGGAGCACGCUCCAAUGGUCAACGAAGGUUCCUUAAGAAGAAGGAAGUGGGUAAAAUAAUACUGUCACCACUGGCUGUCACCACCAAGUACCCACAGUUUCAGGAUCGCUGCAUCACCAAUUUGAAAUUUGGUAAAUUGAUCAAAACAGUGAUCAGGCAAACCAAGAAUCAGUACUUGUUGGAAUACAAAAAAGGGGAUGUGAUUGCCUUGCUAAGCGAAGAAAGGAUCAAACUCAAAGGACAACUCUGGACCAAAGAGUGGUACAUAGGAUAUUAUCAGGGAAAGACUGGGCUUGUGCAUGUGAAAAACGUGCUGGUAUUGGGGAAAGUCAAGCCCAUCUACUUCUGCGGGCCAGACCUUACAACCACAGUGUUGUUGGAACAGAUCCUGAAACCCUGCAAGUUCCUCACAUACAUUUACGCCUCUGUGAGGACUAUAUUAAUGGAAAAUGUGGGGAACUGGAGGGCAUUUGCCGAUGCACUUGGUUAUGGGAACUUGCCUUUGUCUUACUUUUGCCGGACAGAACUUGACAGUGAACCGGAGAGGGUAGCCUCAGUUCUGGAGAAACUGAAGGAGGACUGUAAUAACAUGGAAAUCAAAGAGAGGAAGUCUUUUCAGAAGGAACUAAUGGCUGCUUUGCUGAAGAUGGACUGCCAGGGUCUGGUAGCCAGACUCAUAAUGGACUUUGUUCUGCUGACCACAGCAGUGGAGGUAGCCCCACGGUGGAGGGAGCUGGCUGAAAAACUGGCCCGCGUCUCCAGGCAGCAGAUGGAGGCCUACGAAGCGCCUCACCGAGACAAGACUGGAGUGGUCGACAGUGAGGCUAUGUGGAAGCCAGCCUAUGACUUUCUCCUGACGUGGGCAGCCCAGAUUGGUGACAGUUACCGUGAUGUCAUUCAGGAGUUGCAUCUGGGUUUGGACCGGAUGAAGAACCCCAUCACCAAACGUUGGAAACACCUGACUGGCACACUCAUCCUCGUCAACUGCCUGGACCUUCUACGGAGCUCUGCCUUUGCCCCCGCCCCUCAGGAUGACUUCGCUAUUUAA